UUAUAUGGUAAUUCCCAAUAAGGUAGACCCGGUGUAGGCAAUCAUCGGCGGUAGAUCAUGCGCCCAAAAUUACAUUCAAAUUCCGCCUCCGCCGUCGCCUUCGUAAACCACACCUCUCCGUCAAUUGCAGAGAUGGAAAGUUCUGGAUUUGACUUGGAAGUCCACGGAGCUGCUUGUGGUUGUGGAGAAGGAGUUGCACUGCCACGUUGUGCUGGAGAAGUGAUUGAUGCGAAUGAGGGGCAAGAUGAAGGUCUUAUUUCGUAGUUGGAAAAGAAAUUAUUGGAACAAGUGUGUACAGUGAGGAAGAAGCAUACAUGUUGUACUGUGAUUACGCGACCGCCAUGGAUUUCAAUGUCCAUAGGGGAACAGGAUGCAGGGCAAUGAUAUCUUUCGUUCGUGAUGAUAGUGGCCAGUGGAAGGUUUCACGGUUUGGGGAAGGAGCAUAAUCAUGAAAUGGCCGCGCCAUAUGCAAGGCCCUUGGUGAGAUCUAGAGUCACUUGUGAGUGUUGCCUCUCUUAGCCAUGCUUUCGUUCUUAGUAAUGUUUUUCAUUGCUAUGAAGUAAGUUUCCCCCUGAAAAUACUUGGAAGUUGCACCUUUAUCUUGAAAAUACUUGGAAGUUGAAUAAGAAUAAGGACAGAGCUUAAUGAUGUUAUCAAAUCUAAACUAUGGACCUUCUCAAAGGAAUUGAACUUCCCAUCAAUAUAGUCAUUGUCGUAGUAUAGUUCCUAUGGAUUGGCGGGCGGGCCGUAUGUGAUGAUAAACAGCAUUAUACAAACAUAAUCCCUCCGUCCCCUAUUAAUUGUCCACUUUCACUUUUAUCAUAAAUGGUAAGUAAGCCCCACAUUCCACUAACUCAUUCUACUCACAUUUUAUUAUAAAACUAAUAAUUCAAAAGUGGGACUCAUAUUCCACUAAUCUUUUUAAAUGCUAUGCUUAAAAGUAAUACUACUUAUAUAAACAGUAUUUUACUUGUUAUUUAUGUGAAUAUUAGUAUUUCCUUGGAAAGCUUUCUGUCUUUCUUUUUAAUUCAGAAACUUAUUUAUAGUUGAAAUUACAACAAAAUGAGAUUUUCCUUCACUCAAAGUCAAAAUCUUCCAAUAAUCCCACUCAAAAAGGAAAGAGUUGGAAUCUAGUUUUUUUCCACAUGAUCUUGAAAAUAUCAAGUAAACCAGACCACUUAUUUUCCAUGAAGCAUUUUUGCCCAAAAUUUCAAGAAAAAAAUGAAUUUAAAAAAAACAGCUAUAAAAUUUCUUCUUGUUGUUUUAAUGUGCAUGGAAUGUUGUGAUUUCCGGUUGGUUUCAGGAGAAGUAAGGUGCGUGGAGAGGGAAAGAGAAGCUCUGGUGAGGUUCAAGAAAGGUGUUAUAGAUGAGAGUGGAAUUCUCUCAUCGUGGGUAAGUGAAGACAGCAAGAAGGAUUGCUGCAAAUGGAAGGGUGUUGUGUGUGGCAACACCAACACCAACACCUACACCAACACCAACACCACCUAUGCUCAUGUGAUCGCUCUACUACUUGGUUAUGAGUACAACGAUUAUCCUUACACCAAACCUUUGGGAGGUAAUAUUAGUGAUGCCUUGCUGGAAUUGCAUCACUUAACUAAUUUGGAUUUGAGCAUGAACGAUUUUGAUUAUCAGUUCCCACGAUUUAUGGGUUCCAUGAAACAGUUAGAGCACUUGAAUCUUCGUGCUUGCUACCUUCAUGGGACUCUUCCUCCUCAACUAGGAAACCUGACCAACCUGCGGACACUUAAUCUCUGGGGUCCUUUAAGGUCUGAGAAUCUUGAUUGGCUUUCUCAUCUCUCUUUGCUGAAUCGACUCGAUCUGAGCUUGAUUGACUUAAGUCAUACAAGUUGGCUACAACAAAUACUAAAGCUUCGUUCCUUGCAAGAAUUGAGCUUAGCUUACUCUAACAUUGGAGCUACUAUACCAGCUGGGGUACCCUCUGCUAAUUCUUCGUCUGUAUCUCUUUCCAUCCUUGAUUUGUCAUGUAACGCGUUAGUGUCUUCCAACCUUGACUGGUUAUUUAACACAAGCACGAGACUUUCUAUUUUAAACAUGCGAAGGAAUAAAUUAGAUGGCCAAAUCCCUCACGUGUUUGGGAGACUGGUUCUUCUUGAGGAUCUUGAUCUUUCUGGCAACAUGCUUGAAGGUGGCAUCUCUGAAUCAUUGAGGAAUUUGAGUCAUUUGCAAGCCUUAGACUUGUCCAGUAAUGACUUUAGUGGAGAUCUUGAGGACUUUUAUUUGGGAAUCUAUCUACUAAAGUAAACAUGUCAAUGGAAAGUUGGAGACUAAAGCAUUUUUCAGCAUUGAAAAAACUCAAUGUUGGAAGCAACAAGUUUGUAGGAUCAAUGCCUGAAAGUCUUAGCCAACAUUCGGUUCUUGAAGAAGUUGAUGUAUCAUUGAACUCAUUGCAAGGUAUCAUCUCCGAGGCCUACUUCACGAAACUUCACAACUUAAAGGUGCUACCUGUCCUUCAAUUCGCUGACUUUGCAAAUCACCCAGGACUGGAAUCCGCCUUUUCAGUUGGAUGUUAUCAGGUUAGCAGGCUGCAACAUGAACCCUUAUUUCCCCCAAUGGGUUCAAACUCAGAGGAACGUUCGUUUCCUUGAUCUUUCUUAUGCCCAUAUAUCAGAUGAAGUACCUAGAUGGCUGUGGAGUUUGUCUCCUACACUUUUGAGUUUAAAUAUAUCCCAUAAUCAUAUUAGUGGGACUAUUCCUCAUCUCCUGUCCACUUCCAUCGAAGAUUUAGAUGUCAGCUCUAACAACCUUUCUGGGCCUCUACCAUUGCUUCAACAAAGCAUGUCCACUGUUCAGUUGAGUCAAAACAUGUUUUCAGGAUCACUUUCAAAUAUAUGCUCAUCUUUGUUUGUGAAAAUGAUGAUACUUGACCUCUCCAACAACCACUUGGAUGGAGAAAUACCAAAUUGCUGGGAGAAAAUGAGUGGCUUGAGAUAUCUUAGUUUAGGUGAAAACAGUUUUUCUGGUGAAGUUCCACAUACUUUGGGCAGCUUGUCGAUGCUAACCUCUUUGAACUUGCAUGGCAAUAAUCUGUCUGGUGAGUUGCCUUUUACUUUAAGCAAGUGUGGAGAAUUGAUGUUCAUUGAUGUCGGAGGGAACAAUUUGACAGGAAAUAUCCCUGCAUGGAUAGGUGCAAUUACGAACUUGGUAUAUGUUAUCCUUAGACGCAAUAGAUUUUAUGGCAGCAUCCCGCUAGAAAUCUGCAUUCUUACUUACAUCCAAGUGUUGGACCUCUCCAUAAACAAUAUAUCAGGAGAAAUCCCUCACUGCUUCAACAGAUUUACCUCACUGAGCAAGAAGAAUACAACUGUGCAAGGAGCUUCCAUCACCUUCUUCCCUACACUAUACGAGCCUUUGAAUUUGUUCGAGUAUGCAUUUGUUCAGUGGAAAGGUGGGGAAUUUGAAUAUCGGAAGAUUCUUCAACAUCUCAAACUCAUUGAUCUGUCCAGCAAUAGAUUAGUAGGGAGCAUUCCUAGAUCAUUUUCCAGUAUGAGGGCAUUAGUUUCCUUGAACCUAUCAAGAAAUAUGUUGACAGGGACCAUAAUUUCAGAUAUUGGUGAAAUGGAGAUGCUAGAAGUCCUUGAUCUAUCUAGGAACCAACUCUCUGGUCACAUUCCCAAUAGCCUAGCACAACUACAUUUUAUAGCUGUUCUUGAUCUGGAAAAUAAUAGUUUGUGGGGCAGAAUUCCAUUGAGUACUCAACUACAGAGUUUCAAUGCAUCUGCUUAUGCCGGGAACGAUGGACUUUGUGGACUCCCUCUCAAAUUGUGCCCAGGAGAUCAUCCACUCAUCACUUAUCAAGGAAAAAACAUCAAGAAAGAUGGUGGCAUUGUGAGCAAAGAAUUUGGCAUAUCAAUGGCCUUGGGUUUUAUUAUUGGAUUUUUGGGAGUUGUUGCUGUUGAAGGGAUCAUGGGGAGCCGGAGAAGCAUAUUUUUACUACUUGUGCAGAUAUUUUGAUUAAAAUAACUCAAGACAGGAUUUCUGGAAUCUGGCACUAUGGUAUCUGGGCGACUUCUGCUUCUCAAUUUUGAAGGGGGAGAGGAAUGUGGAGGCGUGGAUGAGUUCGAGAGAAGAGAAAUAAAGAAAGAGAAAAUGGAGGCGGCAGGCGUGGAGUAGGAAUUAGGAUGCACCAUUUAGUUCAUUUUAGGAUAAUGGUGAUGGCGAUGGUUGGAAGGAGGCGGCAGCUUGGAUGCUUGGAGCUGGGGAGAUUUAGGGUUAGAGUGAAGAUUGAGAUAGAGAUGGAGAUUAGAGAAGGGAGGCGGAAGUCUGAUAGUUAGAGCAUCUCCAAUGGCGGACGUCCGGUCGGACGUCCGCGACGGGCGACCGAGACGUCCGUCAUUGUGGCGUCGAAGGUC